AUGUUUAAGGAGGUUAAGCCUGAAGUAACUGAUUUUAUCGAACAAAGUAGGAAGCAAAGAAAUGAGCGGCGCGAUGCUAAAGCUAGAGCGCUAUCUGCUGUAAUCAUUCAAAAAAACUGGAGAAGUUUCGUAGUUAGGAGAAAUGUCAUUCGAGGCUUUCGAUCGGAGUUUGACUUCAAGAUACUUGAAGGAAAUGGUGUCAAACUGACUCAGUUGAUUCCUGCCACUGAACUUUUGAGGUAUGUAAAGUAUCUAAAGUUCCAUUAUAACUCGAAACUGGAUUAUAAACGUUUUCUAGUUCUUAUUCGAUAUAUAGUGAACUCUGUGGAUACCGGAGACUUUAAACCAUCCAUUCCUAGUGAUUCCAAGGUCUUGAACAUAUUUCUGUCAUUCUUACUAAUACAUACCAACUGUUGCCAGUGGUCGCUGAUACAAGAUGAAAAACUGAAGCCUGCGAUGAGCCGAUUGGCUACAACGUUUCUCCAGCAUCUUGUGCAAAAGAGUUUAUUUGAACAUUUGAAUGCUGUUUUGCAAAAGGGUUUGACUAGAUACACUCCUGCAUUAACAAAAGUAUCUUUGACUGGUAUAUUUACCAUUGCUAUGAGACCCUUGAUAUAUGAAAAGUUCCCUCAGAAGCUUGUUAUUUCAUUUACAAGAAAUAUCUUAACUGUACCUGGAUUUAUACUGCAUAUAAAUUCCAUGAUGAAUGAAGCGUACGAUAUUAUAGUGAAUGAGAGAUUGUGCUCCAAAAUCAUCAUGACAUUAUACGAUAGUUCAGAAGAGUUCAAUAUUCUGCUAUCUAAGCUAGAUGGAUCAUAUGUUUUAUGCUUGAUUGCAAAUCUUAUCCAACUCAGUCUGUUAGAAACUGAUAUCUUGGCCUCUCAUUGUACAGAAUUUUGUAUUGUUUUAUCCAAAUCUAUGCAUUAUUUGGGUACUUAUGUUGGUAGUAAAAAGUCUAAUCUUUGCAGUUGGCAUCCAAUUUUGGGAUGGUUCGCUCAAUCACUAGAUAAUUCCUUACAAUCAGCCAUGUCCUUUGUAACAAGUCAGUUAAGACUACUCUGGAAUGGUCGGAUGGUUCGUUUAUUAUUUGCCGAUCUGUAUGCGCAAGCUGAGCUAAACUUACCUGAGUUAAGUACAUCGGACGGCCGUUCAUCUAGCACAGGUCAUCAUUCUACGAAUAAAACUUGUACAAGUCAACAUGGACCUGGCACACCUUCUAAAGCAGAAAAACUUGCUGUGUUAGGGUUAUUGCCACCUAUUUCACGGACGGGCGGUAGUAGAUCGGCUGGCUCUGAUAUUGAUGGUUAUGGGCAUCGUGUACGUCAUGGUCUUUCAAAUUUUCUACGUCAGAUAUCCAAUUCUUCAGCAUAUCGUGCUAGAUUUCGAAAUAAGAGAGAAAUAACUAAUAAUUACAUUCCAAAUCUUUCCACUGGACGUUCAGAUAGUCCUGGACCAAGUGAUUUACCGAAAUCCUUAAAAGCUGUGUGUAUGCUUUAUUGUUUUACUUCUGGAAGUUUGAAAGAAAUUAGAAGCGCUAUAUUGGCAGGUUUAUCAUUAGGUGAUUUAUUACCUCGUAUGUGGCGUUUAAUUUCUUGCUGUGGAUCUGUACGUGAUUGGGCUCAUGUGAUUAUGAAUUCACAAUCAGUUUACCAUUUAGAACCACAUGAAUCUCAUUUGAUGCAAAUAUUUGCUUCAGCUACAAGCAAUUUGUUGAGCAUAUUAGAUGAUGCCGAGUUAUUUGAAUUGAAAAAAUCGUUUACAAUUGACGAAUUAUGUUCAAUGGGCUCAUUUUUUAAUCAUUUAAUUUAUGAAUCAGUCAUUAUGGUACCAGAUCCAAAUCAACUUAAAUUAUGGAGUCCGUCUUGUAAAGAUGAUAAUAAAUUGAAUAAAACCAAUGAAUCAGUUGCAAUGUAUGAUAAAAAUAAUAACCCUGCUGUUCAAUCAAACAGUUCAUCUACUGUUAUGCCUAAUUUAUUUACAAUUUGUUUACGUUUAUUAUCUGUAAUCUAUGAACGUGAUAGUAGACAUUUAUUUACACCACCGGAUUUUUGGUUAAUAUCAAAUCUCAAAGUUUCAGCUUUUCUGGCAGAUCUACGGAAACCGAAACCACAUGCGACGUUUCUGCUCAAGCAUAUCCCGCAUAUCAUUCCGCACAAAGAACGUGUUAUUCUUUUUCGAGAUUUUGUACGCGAAGACAAAGCAUCGCUGGGGAUACAUACUCGUACAAAUUGGCUUACAGAUGAUGGUCCAGUUGGUGCUGUCAUCACAGUUCAUAGAAAUCGUAUUGUUGAAGACGGUUAUCAACAGUUGGCAAAUUUAACUUCGUCUCAGUUACGUAUGAAGAUACGUGUACAGUUUGUAAACGAAAUGGGUUUAGAUGAAGUUGGUAUUGAUUUAGACGGUGUGUUUAAAGAAUUCUUAGAAGAAACUCUUCGUCGUGUAUUCGACCCUAGUUUAAAUUUGUUUCGUGUGACUAAUGACCAGCGUUUAUAUCCGUCACCUACUUCACAUUUACAAGAAAGUCAUUUACAGCUCUUCGAAUUUUUGGGUAAAAUGCUUGCCAAAGCUGUUUAUGAGUGUAUUGUUGUGGAUGUACCAUUUGCAAAUUUCUUUUUAACUCAAUUACUUGGUCGUGAAAAAGCUGGAUGUUACAGUUUUCUUGAUGAAUUAGCCACAUUAGAUAAGGAAUUAUACAAAAGCUUAAGUUAUAUUAAAUGGUAA